GUUAAGAAAUGCCUCAAACUUGUCUUACGACAUACCUGACAAUAUCAAAGAUGAACAGAUCCGAGAAAUAAACAAACUAGACAACAAAACAGGAUCAGAUCUUGUGGAAUAUCUUCAUCAGAACGAAAUCGGCAAGGAUCAGAGUUUUCGUGGUCCCUUUGGCGGAAGAAAAAUAGUUUAUUGCGAUUGGAGUGCCUCUGGUAGAGGGUUGAAGUUUAUAAACGACUAUAUUAAUGAGGAAGUGUUGCCGUGGUAUGCCAAUACACAUUCCAUGGCCAAUACCACCGCCACCCAGAUCAGCAUGUUUCGAGAGGAGGCUCGCCAGAUUGUAAGGCACACAGUAAACGCUAACUCCGACAAAGACAGUGUAAUAUUCCAUGGAAACGGCACAACAGGCGUAGUCUCCCUCCUCAGGCACAUCAUAGACGCGGAGAACUCCAUAUUCAUUGUAGGAGAGGAAACCCACCAUUCACUUUACACUCCGUGGAGGGACAUUACUAAGAAUGUGCUCCUGUUAGCUGAUACCCCAGAUAAGGGCGAGCAGCUGGAGCAGAUCCUGGUGCAGAUCCGAGCUGUGGAUCCGGAGGUAGUGGUGUUUGGGUGCUUUGCUGGGGUUAGCAAUGUUACCGGGGCUGUGUAUGAGGUAGAUAAACUCGCUCAGAUCCUGCACGUCCACAAUGCGCAUAUCAUCGUGGACUAUGCUAGUGGUGCACCGUACAUUGAAAUGAACAUGAACCCGGUGAUAAAAGGAGCGUAUAAAGACGUUAUUGUUUUCUCUCCUCAUAAGUUCCUGGGCGGAGUUGAAACUCCGGGAGUGCUGGUAAUUAAGAAGAACCUCUUUAGAAACUCCACGCCCUUUGUGAGUGGCGGAGGAACUGUGUUUUAUGUAAAAGAGGACGAGACGAGGUAUUUUAAAGCUCCAGAGCUUCGGGAGGAAGGGGGGACUCCUAAUAUAAUAGGCUCAAUCAGGGCAGCUCUGGCUUGCUAUGUUAAACUUAAUGUUGGGGUUCAAACUAUCAUGUCUAUCAACCAGAACAUCGUGGACAAGGUUAGGGCAGGAUUUAGUGACACUCCUAAUCUUAUACUUUUAGACGAUCUUGAAUACACUAAAAUCCCGCUGUUUUCUUUUCUUAUUCAGCACGACGGACUAUACCUUCAUCACAAUUACGUGGUCACCUUGCUGAACGAUUUGUUUGGCAUUCAAACUCGAGGUGGCUGCUUGUGUGCGGGGCCAUAUGUUCAACGGCUCCUGGGGCUCGACACAAACCUUAACAAUGCAUACCUUAAACUCUUAUCCGAAGACCCCAAUUUGGAUCGCCACCAUUUGCGGCGAACCAAAGAGUACAGCUCACAUGAAAUCUUCAGACCGGGCGUUGCCAGACUGUCUAUCAGCUACACUACUCCUAGUGAGGUUGUAGAGUUUGUGGUCCGUGCUGUUCGGCUGGUGGCGGAGCAGGGGUGGAAGCUUCUACCCUUUUAUAGGUGUAACCAUGAGACGGGUGAGUGGCACCAUCUCAACAACCUGCAGUUCAACAACAGACGGUGGUUAUCUCAUCUUAAACUUGACAGUGGUGGUGUGAGGACUAAAUCGUUUCCUGUUGAAUCCUAUCUUGACAUGGAGGAAUGUCUAAAGAAAGCUGAAGAGGUGUUUAAAGGUAUCACCAGAUACAGUAAUGUCCAAGGAUCAAGUGCAGUUUUUCAGGAUGCCAAUGAUUUGAGAUGGUUUCUGUUGCCUGCCGAUGUUGUUAAUAAGGUCAAUGCGUCACAACCGAUUCUAACUAAAGCACCCUUUAUUCCUAGUAUGAAGAAUAAAACGGACUCAGAUGAUACUAUUGCCUUCAGGAAAAGAACAUUAGACCAAAUACUAUAUCAUUGCAAAUCUUCAGUAGAACAAAAACCGCUUUCCAUAGCUCCAAGGAAGACGUCACAACCAGGAGCCGCCCCUUUUUCUCUCAUACAUUACAGUCUUACAUUCCUUAAUUCUCUCGUCUCAUUUCCUUUCAACAUCCUCUUUUAUGGAUUAACCUUCUUCAGUCGUCACCAUUUGAACAAAACACCAGCUAUCGAGUCCACUGAAGAUAUCUUGUCUGUCUCUUCAAGUUUGCAUAACAAAACUUCUGAUCAUACGAUACUUGAGGUAGAUUCUAAGAACGGCACUCAAGCUGAAUCCGUUGUAUUCAAUGCUCCCUCCCCUGCUAAUGAUAACGGGACAGCUAAAUGUCCUGUCAUUUCCUCCAAACCAAAAGAUCCAGUGAUAGCAAAGUGGCACGCCCCCACCAAGAACAUCCUGAAACCCAUGAUGAAAGCCAUCGAGGAGUACCAGAUGAUAUUAAAUGGUGAUAAAGUGCUGUUGUGUUUGUCGGGGGGCAAGGAUUCACUUUCCUUACUUCACGCCCUUAGACAGUUCCAGUUCAUUGCCAAAAAGAAAGGUGUAGUAUUUGAGCUUGGAGCUGUAACAGUAGAUCCCAUGACACCAACAUUCAACCCCGCCCCGCUGAUUCCUUACCUAAAGGAACUCGGUGUACCGUAUCUGUUCGAGAGGCAGGGUAUUUUGAAACAAGCUGAGGAAAUGGAGGAGGUUUCUAGUAUCUGCAGUUUGUGCAGUAGAAUGAAGCGAGGUCGGAUAUACGCAGCUGCCCGGGCACAUGGAUACAACGUGAUAGCAAUGGGACAACACCUGGACGAUCUUUGCGAGAGCUUCUUCAUGUCCAUAUUUCACAACGGGCUACUCAGGACAAUGAAAGCAAACUACACAGUAACAGAAGGAGACCUGCGUGUCAUACGUCCCCUGGUUUACGUCAGAGAACGGGAUCUGCGCACCUUCGCGGAGACCAAACAUCUGCCCGUGAUCGCGGAGAACUGUCCGGCGUGUUUCGAGGAACCUAAGGAGCGCCACCGGGUUAAGCAGCUUCUGGCACAGCAGGAGCUCCUGUUUCCAAAUCUGGCUAACAGUUUACAGCGAGCCAUGAAACCUCUUUAUUCGAAACACAAGGUUGGUAUGGAAUCAAGACCCAUCACGAUGAAUGGAACGAUCCCAGAACAAAAUGGUCAUGAUAAUAAAGAAUGCAUUGAGAUUGAUUUAUCUGGUAAUGUUGAUGGUACAGGUGAUGAUUUGAUGUUUCCCGAUGGGUGCUGAAGUUAUUUUUAAGUUAGGAAAUUUAUCGGCGUGAAAUGAUUUCAGAUUCACACUUUGAAAGACCCUUUUUAAUGUUUUUUUAACCGUAUUUUAGCUUUUUAUGGGGUGGGGUUAGAGUUAUUUUAACUAUAUAACUUAUUGUUAUAACUUAUUGGAUUUGUUAAAUUAUUGCCGUGACCUUUGUGUAUAUUAAUUUAUUCAUUCCGAGUAUUCCUCCAAAAAAUUAAACGAAAUGUGUUAUUAUACAGAAACAGGCAGAAACCUAUCUCACUUUCAAGCUUCAUAGGGUGUUGAGCUUGAUCAUCAUGUAGACUUUGGCGCAUCAUUCUUUGAAUAAUGAUGUCCUUAUCUAUUCUUCAUACUAAUUUGAACCACUAACAAUCCUGUCCCUCAUUUUAGAGUUAGAAGUAUGUUUUGUUACACUACCUUACCCUCAACUCUUACUCGAUGUUCUCGCUGCACCAAACCUGUAUCACUCUUAUACCACCAUCGCAAUUCCUCCAACCAACUGUCAAGAACUCUACAAUCUCCUGUAAAUAUCUCCCAGUAUCCUCACAGAACUAUUGUUCAGCAGUCAUCUAGAACAUUCCAUACAUCCCAUACAUUACAGCUGAGUGAAACUCCUCGAGAUCCCUUCGAUCCGAUCGUAGCUGAUGACAACGUCGUGGGCCUAGUCCACCCUGAAAUGAUGAACAGAAUGAAAACACGGUAUCCCAUGAUGUGGCUACUUAAUGCUUCAAUGACAGGAACUGGGUUACUAUGCUUUACCAGCUCUAACGGUAUGGUGCCGUCUUUGGGGUUUGUUCUCAUAUUUUCCUCACUACUUUUUACCGCAACUAUGUGGUACAACGCCAGGUGUAUUGGUAAGAUAUCCCUGAAUCAGGACACAACUGCUACCUUAUCUCAUCUCAAUAUGUUUGGCAGGCGCGUGGAUAAAACUGUUCCUCUUUCAUCACUUCAGUUAAUGACAAAGCUAGAUCACAAACAGUGGAUUGAUGGUAAAUUGUACUAUAUCAAUUGGGAUCAGUUUAAAGCUAAUGAUAGGUUGUGGGAGAAUGCUAUCCCUGCUCAGAAACCCCAUGUUCUUAUUCCUGAGAAUGUUUACAGAAAUAAAAAGUGAGGAUCAUAGAUCGGAUAUGAAUCAUGGUUUUGUUUCUGUUGAAAAAUUGAAGACCAUUUGUAUCACUCGUUCAUAAUGUUCUCUUGUACAAUGUUUAUUGAGGUAACGAUUCUAAUAUCAUGUUUUACUUUUGACGUGCCUUAUCUGAAUCA